UGGCUGAAGAAAAUGUAAACAACGUCUGUCGACAAAAAUGAACUAUGACCGCUUGAAUAUUAAUUGAUUUGAACUUUGAAGAGCUAUGAAUUUGUCAUUUAAAACAAAUUCAAGGCAUGGCUACUCCGUGAAAUUUUCUCCAUAUUUUCCUCAAAGAAUUGCAUGUGCCACUUCCCAAUAUUAUGGAAUUGCAGGUUGUGGUACACUGUUUAUAUUAGAUACUGUUGGUGAUCAAAUAGUAAUUGUUCAAACAUUUGAUUGGAAAGAAGGUUUAUUUGAUGUUACAUGGGCUGAAAAUAAUGAAAACAUUGUCAUAUCCGCUAGUGGUGAUGGUACUCUACAGAUCUGGGACGUUCAACAACCAAAGGGUCCCCUUCGAGUUUUAGCUGAACACACAAAAGAAGUGAAUUCUAUUGAUUGGAGCCAAACGAGAGAUGAGAAUUUACUUCUGUCAGGGUCUUGGGAUGGAACAAUUAAAUUGUGGGAUAUAUUUCAAGAUCGAUCUUUAUCCACUUACAUAGGUCAUGAUAAUAUCGUUUAUAGUGUAAACUGGUCACCAAGGUUACCAUCUUGUUUUGCAUCUGCCUCAGGGGAUCAAACUGUACGAGUUUGGGAUGCAAGAAAACACGAUUUACCUGCUACAGUAAUACCAGCACAUCAAGCUGAAAUACUGACAUGUGAUUGGUCAAAAUAUGAUGAGAAUAUAAUAAUAUCUGGUGGUGUUGAUGGUAUUAUACGAUGUUGGGAUAUCAGAAAGACAGGAUGUUGUUUAUUAGAAUUACUGGGUCAUCAGUAUGCUGUUAGAAGAAUUAAGACUUCACCUUUUGUGAGAAAUGUGAUAGCUUCCUGUUCAUAUGAUUUUUCUGUGAGAAUAUGGGAUUUAACUAGUGGUCAUCAACUACAAAACAUAGAACAUCAUACAGAGUUUGUUUAUGGUUUAGAUUGGAAUCUUCAUAUACCAGGCCAGAUAGCUGACUGUUCAUGGGAUGAGUUUGUAAGGAUAUAUCAACCCAUGGCUUGUCUUCCAGGCAGCUGAUAUUAACCCACUUGUUUUAAUUCUACAUAAUUUUAUCUCAUCUUAUAGGUCAAUUUACUGAUUUAAUAAUUAUCCAACUUUAAAUUGUACAUUUAAUCUCUUUCAAAGGGCUCUUGCCAGGUAGACUUUAGAAAAUUAAUAUUGAUAGUCUGUUUCAAGAAUGUAGUUAACUUUGUUCUUCUAUGUUACCAACUUUUAAAAGGGCCAUGAGUCGACAGUAGAAGAGCAGGUUGUUUUAAAAUUGGAAACUGAUCUGAGCCACUAUGAACCACCCAAACAGUAGGUCUACGUCACCUACAACCUUUAAUUGGACCAUACAAUAAGGUGUGUGUAAGUUGCCUACCCGGGCAUCCUAUGUUCGAUCCUGGUGUUGGCCGAGAAAAUUCUGUAGGAUUUUACAGCUUGGUUUCCCCUUGUCAGUGGUGCAGGACAAAGGUCUGUGUAUUCUAUUUGCAGCAAGUUAAAAAUCUGACAAUUGGAAAUCAGAAUAAAAGAAGGGCAGACGCAUUGUUGUCAGGGCAAAAUUGACCUUGCAAGACACUUCAUAGCUUACCCCAGUUGGUGCAAAAACAUUUUAAUAUAAUGCAGUUAUAAUUAGUGGACCCCACACAUCAGUAUUAAAGUGAAUCCCAGUGUAGUUGCAUGAAUGAAGUGAGAAAUAUUGGAUAUGAUUUAAGGCCAUACAAUAACAAUCUUCUUUCAAUAAUAUUUCUAGAUCUUUGAACCUGGCAAUUGUUCAGUAAAUAUAUAUAUAUUUGUAAUUAUAGAUUUGUAUAAUUUCAUGUGAUAAAAAUAUAUUUUCUAAUAAGAA